UCAUUUUUCCUGUUUGUUAUGUAUUUUAACUUGAAUAUGUUGUUAAGCAAGGAAGAUAAUGCAUGCUUAACUUAGUACAUCAUUAUAGCUGUCAUGUUGAGCCUAUAAUUUACAUUUCAUGAAAAGCCCAAGUCUAUUAUUUUUCAUUUUGAUUUCAUACAUUCAACACUAAAGAAAGUGCAGAAAGCAAUAGCCGAACAAGUCUCAGGGCCGGGCCUGACUUCUAACAAGUGAUUUAUUCGGAUUUCGGACAGAACAACAUGCACCAUGGAAUGAAUAAAAAUUGAAAAUAAACGAAGCAUGCCAAGCGAAGAUUCUAGAACCCCCUUGUAUAAACAAAAAUAGUAUAAAAUCAAAAAAUUAAAAUAGAACCAACAUUAACCCUUUGUAAAACCCUAACAAGGGACCUCAAAUUUCUCAACAAGAGGCUCUCUGUCAGUGUUCUCUCCCUUCCCUUUGGUGUCGUGUCUUCCAAAUGGCGAAGCGUUUGAUUCCACUGUUCAAUCGGGUUUUGGUGGAGAAAAUCGUGCCUCCAUCGAAGAUCACCACUGGCAUUUUGUUACCCGAGAAAUCCACCAAGCUUCUUACAAGUAUUCCAGACUAUGUAAAGAUAGUGGAAGUUGGUGCAAGGGAUGGAUUGCAAAAUGAGAAGGCCAUUAUUCCUACUAAUGUAAAAGUUGAGUUAAUAAAACUGCUAGUUUCUUCUGGGUUGUCAGUUGUUGAGGCGACAAGUUUUGUCUCACCAAAAUGGGUACCCCAGUUGGCAGAUGCAAAGGAUGUACUGGCAGCAAUUCAAAAUGUUGAAGGUGCUAGGUUUCCUGUCUUGACUCCAAACCUUAAAGGCUUUGAGGCAGCUGUUGCUGCUGGAGCUAAAGAAGUGGCUGUUUUUCCUGCAGCUUCUGAAUCAUUCUCAAAAGCAAAUCUGAAUUCUAGCAUUGAGGAUAAUCUUGCUCGUUGCCACGAUAUUGCUUCAGCUGCUAGAAGCCUCUCGAUCCCAGUUCGUGGAUAUAUAUCAUGUGUUGUCGGAUGUCCUCUGGAAGGAAAUAUUGCUCCAGCAAAAGUUGCAUAUGUGGCAAAAUCGCUUUAUGAGAUGGGUUGCUCAGAGAUUUCACUGGGGGAUACAAUCGGUGUUGGCACACCUGGUACUGUCAUUUCAAUGCUUGAAGCUGUUCUUGAUGUUGUUCCAACUGACAUGCUUGCUGUCCACUUUCAUGAUACUUAUGGUCAGGCACUUUCAAAUAUUUUAAUUUCACUUCAGAUGGGGAUCAGCACAGUGGAUUCAUCUGUUUCUGGUCUUGGAGGUUGUCCAUAUGCCAAGGGUGCAACUGGGAAUGUAGCCACUGAGGAUGUCGUUUACAUGCUGAAUGGACUUGGAGUGAAAACAAAUGUGGACCUUGGAAAGCUUAUGCUUGCUGGGGAUUUCAUCUGCAAGCAUUUAGGACGUGCAUCUGGUUCAAAAGCAGCUACUGCUUUGAGUAAAGUUACAAGUCAUGCCUCCAAACUAUAAGUUACUAUAGCUAGUCAUGCACCUGCAUGAUAGGCACAUUGUUUGGCCACUGUAGAAUAUGUAUUUAUGUUGGUGUUUACUGUCCCGUGGGCCCUGCCUAUAGAAAAGAGAGAGCCAGCAAACACAAUUGUAAUGCUGUUCACUUCUGCUUGUGUUCUGAGUCAGUUUAGUCGCUUUGAUUAUUGAGAAAAAUCACAUGUUGAACAUGUACUCCGGAACACACUUAUAAAAUUGCAUAGAAUGUCCAAGUUCAACAACUGUCAUCUUUGACACAUUUGCUAUAAUAAAGUAGUUGAAAAAAUCACUAUUUUUCA